AUGGCGGAAGAGAAGCAGCCGCUCGUCAACAGAAGAGCGGCUCGAGGUCAAGGGCAACCGCAGCCUGUGCAGCAAAGUGACCACGUACAUGCCCAAAAUGACGACGACAACGCUGAAGCCCUCGUUACCGAUGGCUUCUUGAUCCCAAAUCUCGAUUCUCUUCAAGAGCAGGUAGAACCUCUAGCUUAUGGACAGCAGCAUGGCCAUGUGCUUAUCGAGCCAAGGUUCGAUGCUGGUGCUAAAGUCACAGAUCAUGGCCGAGUGAACAUCAGUCUCGACAGCAAAAACCGGAGAUUGGCUGAUCUACUCCCACCUGUUUUCAACAGCCAGGCUUCCACCGAGUCCGAACCUCAAGCUGCACCGCCUCAUGCGUUUUCUCCUCCAGGCCUUGAUGCUGAGCCAGCUCGACUGGCGCCUCCCCGCCUAAAUGUCGUCAUCCAAAUUGUUGGUUCGCGGGGUGACGUCCAGCCAUUUGUAGCUUUGGGCAAGGUGAUCAAGGAGGUGUACGGCCACAGAAUUCGCAUAGCCACCCAUCCGAAUUUCAGGUCUUUUGUUGAGGAUCAUGGACUCGAAUUCUUCAGCAUUGGCGGGGAUCCUGCCGAACUCAUGGCCUUCAUGGUCAAGCAUCCUGGGCUUACGCCUGGGAUGGAUGCUCUCAAAAGUGGAGAAAUCGGCAAAAGACGUCGAGAUAUACAGAAGAUGCUCAUCGGAUGCUGGCGCUCCUGCAUUGAAGCUGGCGAUGGGAUGGGCCCUCCAGAGCCUCAUCUACUCAACAAGCCUUUAGAUUUGUCGUCGGAGAUGCCAGGCGACGCGCAUGCUCAACCCUUCGUGGCCGAUGCCAUCAUCGCCAACCCUCCCAGUUUUGCACAUAUCCACGUAGCCGAGAAGCUGGGAAUUCCAGUACACAUGAUGUUUACGAUGCCCUGGUCACCUACGCGAGCUUUUCCCCAUCCCUUGGCAACUAUCCAAUCUUCUAACGCAGACGAUAUGAUGACUAACUACAUCACUUAUACGCUCGUAGAAAUGAUCACAUGGCAAGGCCUGGGUGAUAUUGUCAAUCGUUUCAGAGAAAAUGUUUUAGGCUUGGCAUCCUUGUCUCUCUUCUGGGCCCCUGGACUGAUAAACCGACUCAAAGUACCGUAUACUUACUGUUGGUCACGCGCAGUUUUACCCAAGCCAAAGGAUUGGGGAGAGCACAUUGAUAUAUCGGGAUUUUACUUUUUGAACUUAGCAUCGUCGUAUACGCCCGAGCCAGAUUUAGUCAAAUUUCUGGAGUCAAGCCCUCCGCCAGUUUACAUUGGCUUCGGGUCUAUUGUCGUUGACGACCCGAACGCUUUGACCCGUACGAUAUUUGAUGCCGUUCAUUUAGCAGGUGUUAAAGCGCUGGUAUCAAAAGGCUGGGGCGGGUUGGGUGGCAAUGAGGUAGUAACUCCGAACGGCGUGUACAUGCUGGACGAUGUUCCGCACGACUGGCUCUUCGAGCACGUCUCGGCUGUUGUUCAUCACGGCGGAGCGGGAACAACGGCUUCAGGACUCAAAGCUGGCAAACCUACGGUUGUCGUGCCUUUUUUCGGUGAUCAGCCCUUUUGGGGUGCCGUGAUUGCACGAGCCCGCGCUGGGGUAAAUCUUGUUCGACACGAAAAUCUGACGGCAGAGAAACUGGCGGAAGCGAUCGAGUUCUGCCUACAGCCGGAUACACAGGAGAGAGCGAAGGAGCUGGGGCAGAAGAUUCGUGAAGAAGCAGGCUCGGAGGUGGGCGCAAGUCGUUUCCACAAGCACUUGGACCUCGAUUCGAUGCGAUGUUCUGUUGCGCCAAGUCGGGCCGCUACUUGGAGAAUAAUACGAACCGACGUACAACUAAGCCCGUUUGCUAUGACCGUCCUGGUAAACGCUGGCCUGCUCGAGUAUAAAGAUGUGAAGCUGUGUCGCCACGUUGAAUACAAUACAGAAUAUCAACCUCCAGAACCUGUGUUUGCGGCAGCAGCCUCACUCCUUGGCGACAUUGGUGGAAUCAGCUUAGCUGUCGCAGAUGUCGGGCAAGAACUGCUCAGGUAUUGUAGAAAAACGGAUCUCCAAGAGCCUGAAAGUUUAACUAGUUCGGAUUUGACUCGCGGUUCAACUGGCGCGCCCAAGGAUGCGACAUCCAAGGUCGAAUUGACCAAUAUUGAGCCGGAGUCUGCCUUCGCAAUCGUUCAGAAAACAGAUGCAACGGUCUUGGGAACGCCAUCUAAAGCCCGGUCCGGAUAUGUUUCCUCCGCUGAUGGCCAGCAACCACUAUGGUCAAGGCAGGAGCUGUUUCCGACCCUAGCCAACCUGGAAACUGCAAUUGAAACGGGACGCAGUGUAGCGCAUGUCGUUUCUAUGGGAAUGAAGAGCCCUAUGAAUCUCUGCCUAGGACUGGCCAGGGGGUUCAGAAAUAUUCCCAGGAUUUACAACGAUGACACCAUCCGUCUUGCUGGAAAGGUUACCGACUUCAACAGUGGUAUCAGAAUUGCGAGCAAGGAACUGGGACUAGGCCUCGUUGACGGUAUUACUGGUUUAGUCAUGCAACCGAUGAAAGGAGCUGAGAAGGGAGGCGCUGGCGGCUUCGUAAAAGGUGUGGGAAAGGGUAUUGGCGGUCUCGUCGCAAAACCUGCAGCCGGUAUAUGGGGCUUCCCGGCCUAUAUGAUGCAGGGUAUUCACGCCGAGAUGCAAAGAAUGAUGACGAAGAGUGUAACAAACUACAUCACUACUUCCAGGAUCGUUCAGGGGCUACAUGACUUCUCUGCGGCUACCGAAGGGGAGAAGGCCGACAUAAUUAUUCGCUGGAAUAACUUAAGACGGGACCUUCAAGACUGCUACGACUGGAAACGAGAAUAG